GGGUGCCUGGGAAAAACUGUUAGCCUCCCAAAUGGCAGAACACUUAACCUCAUCGCCAGGAACACUCCUUGGGCCAUGGGUGAGCCUACCCACCUCUCUCGACCCUUUUCGACCCCAUCAGGCAUUCCAGGGGACUCUUAAAACUUGGACUGGCUUCAUUCUACGACAUCAGUAUUAUUGGUCCAGUUGGGCCCACUCUGACGCAGAGGGAUCUCCCGACCCCGCCGCUGUAGACACACCCGCCAGACCUGUCUUAUAUGGUAUAACAACUCCAGCCUGGAUGGCAGCCGACGGUACCACUCAAGGCAACGGCCGCUACGGAUAUUACUGCAAGCCGUGUUACGAUGUCCACGUCAUCUCAUCCAAUCUUGGUCCUAACUCAGCACAACAAAAUGAACUGCUCGCUUUUUAUAGCAUUUUAGAACAUUGCCUCGAAUGUCACAAUGGCCCCCUCCCAGUACUGGUCAUAGCCAUUGACUCUGAGUAUAUUUACCGUAUUGCCACGGGUGCCGCCGACCCCUCCAAGAAUUCACUGCUUUGGGAGGACGUCUUCCAGAUUCUUCGCCACUAUGUUGUCCUCCCUAUGCUCAAACAUACCCGCUCGCAUCGACCUGACACCGACCCAAUACAUGCCAUUAUUGAUAAGUUAUUGGCCGCCAACUCUCAAAAUGAGUUCAUUGAAGCAUAGCCAAAGGAGGUUCGAGUGGUUUCUACUGCUACAGCGGACUAUAACCCUUUCUUAUCCUGGCUUCACGAACACUGGGGUCACCCAGGGCCCCGAAAAGCCAUGCGCACUUGGCACGCCCAAGCACCAACAGGACAUGCACCCUCAUUAAAAGAUUGGCAAGAUAUCUCAUGAGCCUGUAUAGCUUGUGCCCAGAAUAAACCGCAUUCACAUCGGCACCAACGGGGUACCUAUGAUCCCACCCUCUUUUCCCCCGGAAAAACUUGGCAACUGGAUCUCCUCGGACCCCUUCCAGGAGCCAAACCACCAAACAAGGCCCUCGCUAUAGUGGACCUUGUCUCCCGACAGCUCCUCGUUCUCCCCACUCAUCGUUUGAAUGCCCCUGACAUCAUGACGUGCCUCAUUUAUGCAUUUGCCCGCUGGCAGGUGCCCCAUGUCGUUCACUCAGACGGCGGGCCCCCAUUCACCUCCAAGGCACUGGACAACUUCGCCCAGGAGCGCAACAUACAAUGGCAUCAUCACCUCCCUUAUCAUCCACAAUCUAAUGGGGUCAUCGAGCGACACAUUGGUCUUUACAAAGAACACCUUCGUCUUCAGGGAUGGGGCUCCUACAAAAAUUGGACCAAACACUCCGACCUGAUCCUAACCACUCUUAACA